GCGACGUUUGCUCCUCUCUAGCCGAAAUCAGCUGUUGAACUUUCUCCGCAGCGGCAAAAACAUCCCAUUCCAUCUAGUGAUUAGAUUUUAAUCUAAUCUAAAAUUAAAUAAAAAAUCUAAGAGAAGAUCUCCCUCAUCAUAUAAAAUCCCCAUCCCAGAACGAUGGCUGCAAGUGCUCCGCUGAUAAUGCGCGUCAUGGCCUCCUCGAUAAGCACGGCCGCGCGCGCUGGAGGAAUCAUCCGGGAUGUGCUGAAGAAGGGCGAUCUGGGAAUAGUGGACAAAGGAAAGAACGACCCACAGACGGAGGCAGAUCGCUCUGCCCAGCGCUGCAUCAUAGCUUCUCUGAACAGAAAGUUUCCCAACGUAAAGAUCAUCGGCGAGGAAGGUGGCUCCGAUUUGAAUGUGUGCGAUGAUUGGCUGGUCACCGAACUGGAUGAGGGAUUCCUGCAGCAAAGCUGUCCGGCGGAGUGGAAGGAUGCCAAGGCGGAGGACUUUGUCAUUUGGGUGGAUCCCCUGGACGGCACAGCGGAGUACACACAAGGACAUGUGGAGCAUGUAACCGUGCUGAUCGGCAUUGCUCUCAAGGAUUCCGCUGUGGGCGGCAUCAUCCAUCAGCCCUUCUUCAAGCAACCCGAUGGCGAACUGGGUCGCACCAUUUGGGGAUUGAAAGGUCUAGGAACGGGAGGAUUUACAGCGGUGCCCGCUCCUCCCGGCCAAUUCAUCAUAACCACCACUCGCUCGCAUUCCAAUGCCCUGCACCAGCAGGCGCUCAAUGCAUUUGCUUCUACGGAGGUUCUAAAAGUCGGAGGAGCCGGCUUCAAGGUGCUCCAGCUGCUGGAGGGAAAGGCGCAUGCCUAUGUCUUCGCCACGCCGGGAUGCAAAAAGUGGGACACCUGUGCACCUGAAGCUGUACUAGAAGCACAGGGCGGCUGUCUUACCACCAUAAACGGUGAUCACUAUGCCUACAAUGCAGAAGUGGAGCACGUGAAUCGCCAGGGAGUUUUAGCCAGCCUGGGACAGAAUCAUGCCGAGCUGGUGGAGAAGAUUCCAGCCGAAGUUCGAGCGGCAGUGGGAGCCAAGCCUUGAAUUCCAGCACUUUAUUAGUUUUGUUUUUGCACUAAAAGUAAACACACAUAAAUUAUAAGCAAUAACAGGUUAGAAAAUUGUA